UAGCCCAUAGAAGGGCCCUCCCGUCGUAGAUCCGGGCAGUGAUACCGGUCUUACCGUAAGUAAACCAGAGCCCGGGGGUGGUUUUGAGCCGCCCCCACACCAGAGCUCCCUUAUGUGAGACCGGGUUCCAGUCUGUUGAACGCGGGCUUGCGUGGUAGUUCCUUUCUUUUGGGACUAACGGAUCCCCUCGGAAAAUGGACCCUGGGACAAUUUUAUCGAUCGUCCAACUUUCAUUGUCUGCUUUCGAACUGGGCUCAAAGAUCGCACGCGAGUUCUUGAGUAGAAGUGAUAGAGUCCCAGACAAGCUCAAACGUCUUAACGAUCGUCUUGGGCGAUUUCACACAGUUGUUAAAAAUAUAAUACAAGAGCCCCAAAAGCAUAAUGCGCCUUCUAACCUUAAGUUCCCCGGGGCUGAUGACAUUAUCGAAACCCUUUCUGAAUGCAAAGAAUUUCUCCGUCAAUAUGAAUCGGCGUUGUUGUCACAUUCAACAGUCGUGGGUGCAAGCCAACGGCUUGCCCUACUCGUUGGUCCGGAUAACUCCAAGGUAGAUGAACUGGAUAAGAGAAUAAUGUAUCACUAUACGGAGCUUCAGUAUUGGAAAACCGUCGCGGUUGAAGAUGCUGUCAAGAGACUGGGCGAAUCAAUGGUCGCGAUGCAUGUUUCACCCCAAAUCCCCAGUUUGACAGGGUCGCCACAACUUGAAUCAUCCACAGGCUUUGCCGCAGGGCAAUCAAAUGACAAUCAUAUGGCACGGAGCCGGUCCGGAUUUCCUAGAUCUCCUACCCUUAAAGCAAAUCCCCGGAAUCCUUCCCUUUCUCCAAUAAACGAGAUCGAACUUCCUUCUCCUCGAGCAGGCAACAACUACACUUUCGAUGUAGCAGCGCAAAGACAAUUGUGCCGAAGUACGGGAACUGGCCCGGUUAUGGCUUACAUUGGCCAUGAUCGUCAAGAUACAGCCAGUUCGGCUUCGACGCUUGUCGGGUCUGAAUAUAAUAUAGGUCCAUUAUCCCCUUCUCCACUGUCGACAACACCACCGCAACAGUUCCAGGGACAGGGGUACUCUGUGUGGUUGUACAUUGGCUCACGACGUUAUCAAUUUACUACUACUUGUUACAGGAUCCUUGAUAGUGAUGGUAAUAGAGUAGCCGAAUGGUAUAAUACUAGCUCCGGGGUAACAAUUCAGCAUUUUGUCCCGAGCGGAUGUUGUAUACCGCAUACGAAACCUACUGAUGAGAAACUCAGAGUAUCCUUCCUCCCACCAAGCACCAAGCACCAUUUCAGGAUAACGGAGGCCGACCAGCAAGCAGUGGAUCUGGAAGACAGAGCGCAAUACCAAUUUGCGCGUAAAAUGGACAGGGAUAUAUUUCAGCAGAACCUUCGGGGUUACGAGUCUCUAGAAAUCAUAAGAGCUUCGAAAAUACACAGCGCGGCGAAGAAGGACAUCGCGACAUUAGAACACCUGAAAGUUUGGCGCCAAACCGACUAUGACGACAAGCCAACCAUCUCCUUCGCGGCUCACGGAGUCGGUCGUCCCCUUCACCACGAAGAGUUCUACAUCCGAUGGUUCAAGAGAACUCCGGAGUUGAAAGGAGACACUAGGUUGAUACUGCGAAUGUAUUCGAAGGAGAGUGACCAUGAAAAGUUGCUGGAAACGGAAGGAGCAAGGAGACGAUCUUCAACAUUCGGAAGUAAAGUUAGGAAGCUAUCGGGAAAUUCAAGCCACGGAGGUCCUUCACGCCCAAAGUCGCGGUCGCGAUCAUCCUCGAGUAAAGCGCCUGCACCGGUUCUGUACGAGUACUUUCAAGGCAUAGAACCACCAAGCGAUAUUAGGAACCUAGGGCAUCUCGAGAUUGAGUUCAAGGACUCGGAACUCCGGAGAAGCUUCAUAAAAGCAUGCUACGAAGCCCACCGUCCCGCCAUGGCAGCUGCGAGAAAUGGCACACCAAGUCCCGUUUUAUCACAGCAGAAAUACACCGGGCCUCCAACUCUAAUGCUAGGACCGCAACAAGACCCAUACGAGCUGGGGGACUCGGCUCGGUACGAAUUAAUGGGGGACUUUGGCAGUCAUGAGAUGAUGCAUAAAGCAGGAGUGUAUGAAAUGGGAAGUCCAAGUUUUCAAAUUCCAUCCCCGAGCCUAAACACGCCGUAUUCCCCCGAGGAAGUCCAUUUUAAUACCGAGACAUUAUUUUUGCCGUCGCGGACGGCUGCUAGUGGAUUAGUGAAGGGGGUAAAUAAGGAGUACGGUACAGAGUCGCUUACACGCGAACCGGGAUCGCAUUUUCUCUCUGCAAAUGAACCUUCCUGAUGGAUUUUGAAAUCGACUUAUGAUCGACCAUCAUUAUUGUACUAUGACGACAAUCUUCUAUAGGCAUAAGUAUAUUUGGGAAUGGAGGCAGCAUAAGGGCUGGUCAUGGUUAAUAUGAGAUAUCGAUGACUCGCAUGAGGUUGACACGUUGCAUGCUACGAUACAUAGGGGAUA